GAUGCCGUCGCAGGACGGGGUGAAUGAAGACGACGGUCCGCCUCCGGUUCCACCGCGAGCGGCUCCUCAGCGACACUCACCGGCGUCCGCCGCCGCGCCUGAGCGCCGGGUCAAGUGCGUGCUGGUCGGGGACGCGGCGGUGGGUAAAACGAGCCUGAUCAUCAGCUACACCACUAACGGAUAUCCGGCAGAACACGUUCCCACCGCCUUUGACAACUUCACAGCUAGGGUUGUGGUGGACGGAAGACCAGUUCAACUUCAACUGUGUGAUAUGGCAGGACAGGACGAGUUUGAGCGGCUCCGUCCGCUCUGUUACCGCGAAGCCGACGUCUUCCUGCUCUGCUACAGCGCGGUUCUUCCGUCGUCCUUCAGGAGCGUGGCGACCCGCUGGGCCCCCGAGGUCCAUCGCCUGUGUCCGGGCGUUCCCAUCAUCCUCGUGGGCACCCAGAGCGACCUGCAGGAGGACGUCCAGGUGCUGAUCCGCCUCGCCGACGGCCGGGAGAAACCGGUGAGCGGAGACGAGGCCCGGCUGUGCGCCCGGAGCAUCGGCGCCGUCACGUUUGUCGAAUGCUCAGCGCUGACGCAGAAGAACCUGAAGGAGGUGUUCGACGGAGCCAUCCUGGCCAGCAUGAGGCACGCGGAGGAGGCCGCGCGGCCGAGGACGCACACGCUCAGAGACAAAACUCCUGAUAAAAUCAAGCAGCUCUCAGAAACAUGGUGGAGGAAACUGAGCUGCGUCCAGAGCUUUGACCUUCAGUGAGAACCCGGUUAAGCCACGCUGGUGGGUCCGAGAUGCCUUUCUUGCUCGAGUCAGAUGCUCACUAUUUAAAUAAAACCCUCUUAAAGUCAAGCGCAGAUGAAAUGGGAUUCAAAGCCUCGUUGUGCUGUGACGCGGAGAGCGACGACGUAGAAAUGGACAUGAAUUUUGUGCUUUGUGUCACGUUUACAGCAACGAUAUUAGUUUGGAAUGACGUGAAGUGAACUGUGGGCAAAAACGAAAACGCGCAUUAGGAAAGUAAGGUCCUUUUUGGUUCAAGUUCACGUCUAGGUCACCUAAAAACUUUAAAGGACGUGAAAGAUCAACUGACAAAUCAUUGCAAGGACUUUUAUUUCGUAAAAGCACGAAAGGAAGGACGAAGAUAGCAUUUGUGAAAUUAUAUAUGAUUGUUAUAGAACAAUAGAUGUUGAAUAUAAUAUUUAUAGACAGUGUGGAGUACGCUCUUUUUAUAAAGAAGUCCAUUUCAUUAAAAAAAUAAAUAAAUAAAUUACAUUUCGAAAUAUAUUCAAAUAGAGAAGUUAAUGUAUAUAUAUAUAUUUUAAAAAAAUUCUAUAUGUAUUUGUUUUUCUGUCUUAAUUGGCCCUCCUGCUGUAUACACCUGUGACCCAGACGUGUUUGUGGUUUGGCCCAGUACCUUGCAUUCAUAGGAUUAGCUGAUCCUUUAAACAGACUGAAGAUCAAGACUGAAGGAGUCGGGUUUGAUGUCUCACCCACAGUCUGCCUCAUUCCGACGGUUUACUUCAUUUUAUACUCGAAAUAAGUCGCACAAAGGCAGUGAAAUAAAAACCGUUGCAGCGUUUUUCGUCGUGCACGUUCAAAUGAGUCCGCUUCAGAGCCUCUCCCCCGGCGGGUCUCGUUCAGACGGCCCUGUCGAAGCUCCGUAUGGCCCUAAAGCCUUUAAUGGGAUCUGAUUCAUUUACAUCACUGCGUUACGCUUUUCCCUCGGCAAUCUGGGGCUCUCGCGGCAGACGUAAUUACUGCCGUCACAGAAUAACAAUUACCUGCGCGAUGACCCUCACCGCGUGAAUAUAGCGUUGAAUGAGCUCCUUUAAACUCUCUCUGUGCAUCAUAAUGUAAAUAAAACAUAGCAAAAUCUUAUUGCGUUCCACAUUUAUCAGUUCAUGCAUUGAAUUAAAACAAUGUUUUAAUCAGCAGCACCAUGUUUUAAUAUUUGAGCUGCAGAAAUGUACGCGCGCAUUUGCUUUAUAUACGUCACUGUGCAAAGGUUUUAGGCAGGCGUGAAAAAAUGCUGUAAACGAAAGGACGCUCUCGAAAACGGAAGUGCUAAACAUUUAUUUUCUCAAAUGAACAAAAGAGAAAUCUAAAUCAGAACAAUAUCUGGUGUAAGAUCAGGGCUGUGUGGGGGCCGUGCCAUCACUUCUACUUGUUCUUCUUUAGGCUGAAGAUAGUUCUUAAUGACUGUAUGUUUGGGGAACACCAUUAAUCCUGACCAAAUCUCCAGCUCCAUUUGCAGAAAUGCAGCCCCAAGCGUUUAAAGGAACCUCCACCAUGCUUCACUGUUGCCCUUCGACGAUCAAACUGCCUUCUGCUACAGUCAAAUAUUUUCAGAUGGCACCUGCUGCCAUUUUUCUGAGCCUCGGUUCCUAUGUUUCCGUGUCGCUCGGCCUUGUUUUCCACCUCUGAGGUAUGGCUUUUUGGCUGCUUUCAUGCUCUUUCACAAAGACCACUUCAGGCCAGACUUCUCCGGACAGUAGAUGGGUGUAAUUGGGUCCCGCUGGUUUCUGCCAGUUCUUGAUGAAACCCCAGUCUGCUUUGAAAUCUUCGUCUGGGAGAGACCUUGUUGAUGCCGUAUAACUACCCUGUGUCUUCUUGCUCUGCUCAAUCUUGCCAACUGCCUUUCACGACCUCACAUCGCUAGCAGACCUUGUCUGUUCCUCACCCGGUUUUCAGCCUCCCACACAGCUCUUUCUGUUUGAGUUCAGGACUGGGUUUCGACCUGCGUGUGACACUGAUGAUCAUCAGCACUAGUUUGGUGUAAUUGUUUGAUCAUACACCUGACUAUAAUCCUACAGAAUCCCUGACUUUGUGCAGGUGUACCUAUAAGAAUUGAUGCUGGUUUGAAGGCAAAAGGUAGUAAGACCAAAUAUUGAUUUGGUUUAGAUUAUUCAUUUGUUCGCUCACUUUGAAUUUUGAAUAUAUAUUGAUAGUUUUUUUUGUAUGAAGCAAAUGCAUGCAA